AUGUCCAAGGUGGCCAAAAAUUUGAUAGUCAAACUAAUCGUCGGGGCCGGUCAAGCAGCUCCAUCUCCACCAGUUGGUCCAGCAUUAGGGUCCAAAGGUAUCAAAGCUAUCGACUUUUGCAAAGAAUUCAACGCCAGAACAGCGAAUUACCAGCCAGGUGUACCUAUUCCUGUACUUAUUACGAUUAAGCCAGAUAGAAGUUUUGCAUUUGAGAUGAAAAGCCCACCUACGGGUUACCUCUUAUUGAAGGCUGCCGGAUUAGAGAAGGCGCAAGGUCAACCAAAUAUCAAGAGUCCUGAUGGAGUGUGUGCAGAACUAUCUUUGAAGCACAUCUAUGAGAUAGCAAAGAUCAAGAAGUCUGAUGGAAGACAUGAGAGUUUGGAACUUGAGGGAAUUGUGAAGUCUGUAAUCGGUGUCGCAAAGAGCAUGGGUAUCAAGGUUGUCCCAUAA